AUGGUCGGUCCAGGCGGCGGUCCCCCACGUAAGAGCCACACCAAAUCCCGAACUGGUUGCAAAACAUGCAAGAGAAGACAUAUUCGAUGUGAUGAGACCUUCCCACAAUGCCGCAAUUGUACAAAGCACAACUGCCGUUGUGAUUACCAAGAUGCGGCUGCCACUCCACGUGGUAGUCCCCCCGCACGCCGUGGUCCUGACCUCCUCAUUUCGCCAGACAUCGAAAUGGAAGUAGAUAGUUGGCAUCGCACUGGCGUGCCUCCAUAUCCGGAGCUCUUGCAGUGUCCACGAUCAGGGUGGUCUGGCUUAUCUCGGACUGAUUUGCGCUUGAUUCACCAUAUCAUUGGGCUUUCUAUCGACUUGCACCGUCGAGGACUGAGUGGCUGCACUGUAUGGGCCCAGAAAAUGCCCAAUUUCCUGGCUAUUGCACUGGGCAUCGACUUUGUUAUGAGCUCUAUCUUGAGCUUUUCAGCCUUCCAUCUUGCUUUUGUUACGCGGGAUCAGGAGACCAGACAACUGGCUUUCCAUCAUAAAGUCACGGCUCUCCAGGGACUACAGACCGCUCUGGGGUCCUUCUCGAAGGAUAACUGCAAUGCUAUUCUAGCAGCUUCUGUGCUUUUAUCAUGGCAAGCGUCAGAACAUCAAAGUUGGGUGUCUUUACAACACGGUAUCUCUAGUGUUCUGGAAUCUAUGCAUCCAUAUUGGAAGCAAGAGUCAGAUCUGGCACAGUUUAUAGAAAAUCAACGAGCACUGAGCACGGCAGAUCUUUCGAUGGCCGGUGUCUACCAACCCCUCGACGAAGAUAUGGUACAUCUAGACCAAACCAUCCAGGCUCUACGAAUGACACAGAAGCGCAUUUCCCACAAUCUUGAGCACUCUCAACGCCUAGGAGAACUCAUCGAAUUCACUCAGCAAUUCCGCGAUGACUUCCCCAACCAAACAACCGAACAAUCAUUCGAAAGCAUCCAAACCCUCCGCCGCUGGCUCUUCUGGCUCCCAUCAUCCAUGCUCCGUAGCAGCGAAUCCGACAUCAGCGCCCUCCCAAUCCUAGCCCAAUUCUUCGCUGUCGGCAUCUCUCUCGACCGCUUCUUCCCAGAACUAGGCGGUGCAUACCUAGGCGCCUUGUCUAUUAGUCCUAUUGAAGAGAUAUACCGCAUAAUAGCCGCCCAUAAUGCUGCAGAUCCUUACAACACCGACCUCCGUCUACCCAUGGAGCUCAUGGAUCUGCCACGCAGAACUGUCGCCCGAUAUCGCAGCCGCCUUUCCCUCCCCUGGUCCCCUCGCUCAUCAGUCGACCACUACUCCCCUGGCCCACCAAGUCCUUUCCACCCCGCAAUUCAGGAGUACCCCCUCGUCGCCUGUUCCUCGCCUGCUUCCGCCUCCCCUUCUUACACUUCGACUUCUUACGCUUCGCCUACUUACGCCACUUAUACCCCACCUCUGCAUUCCCCUCCUGCUGUCAAUAUUGACAAUUCUGCCUUCCCCAUUCAAGACGGCUAUGUCCCCGCCACACCCUCGCAUCCUCUAUACCCACCCUCUCCACAGCUCCUUGAUACCCACGACGUGCACCUCGGUCUCUCAGAUAUGGGCCAUACCCACGCCAGUUCGCAUCACACGCCCAUUCCUCAUACGGCAUCAUAUACCCCGCCAUAUGGUGGUGAGGUCCUCUGUGAUCUGCCUCGCACAGAAGGCACACUCGGUCUCAAUAUGGAAGUCUAUCCGCAAACACAUCCGUUUGAAGUUUCUGGCUUGGCUGCUCCCGCUUCACUUUGGACUUGA